AGCCGCGUCGAUUAUCGUGCGCUGGAAGAAUUUGUUCUCGCAGUUUCACCAUACAACUUCGCAGUAAUCGGUGGCAACAUUCCAGGUGUUCCCGCAAUCGUCAGUAACACAGUCAUACAGAAACCUUCACCAGCGGCUAUGUAUUCCAAUUACUUGGUCUACCAGAUUCUUACGGAGGCUGGUGUUCCAGCUAGCGUCAUCCAGUUUGUUCUUGGGCUACCUCCAGAGGUUGUCCCACAGGCCAUAUCCCACACCAACUUUGCAGCACUCCACUUCACGGGCAGCACCUUUAUAUUCAAGAAGCUAUGGAAAAACGUUGCCGCAAACCUAGACAAGUACAAAGGGUAUCCGAGAAUCGUCGGCGAGACAGGAGGGAAGAAUUUUCAUGUCAUCCACAAGUCGGCAGACGUGCGAAGUGUGGUUUUGCGCAGCAUUCGUGGCGACUUUGAGUAUCAAGGUGGGCAUACUGUGUGUAUGAGUUGCAUGCAAGAUUAA